GACGUAAGCCUUUUCUUCCUUCAAGAUUACUUUGCUCUCCGAUAUUCACUUCUUCCGACCUUCCGUCUCGCUCCUCGUGUAUUCUUCGCGUUGCGCCAACAUCCUUCGAAGCUUGUAAAGCUCGCGCGAUGUUGCCUACAAAACGGGUAGCAAGCCCGAGGAUGCUUCUCCAAGCAGUCACCGAGCAGGCUGGUGUAGGGAACUUCUACAUCGAAAUGCGACACAAUACCUAUUGUAUCAGUUUGAGUGAAAACGUGGACAUGAGAGAGAUAUAUUCUCGAUGUCGUAAAUAAAUAGGGGAGCGUCUUAGACAGCCGUACAGUAAAUUUACAUGGGCCAUGGGAGUUCGUGAUGGAAAUACGUUCUUAGCACCAUAGAUAGCGCGAGACUCAUAAAUUGUCUACCGCUCGAUUGCGACACAAUACAUCACAUCUAC